AUAAAACAAGAUUCAACAGACACUCUUGUCAAUUGGGUGAAUCCGACCCGAUCCAACCGAUUGACUAUCUUCCUCCUCCAUUCAGACAACCCGAUCGAUCUCAAAAGCGGGACGAACUCUCGCUUUCCUCAUCCUCCUUCGCAGACGCCGCGAUGGAGCCUGAUGUGAGCAUCGAAACAGGUUCUAUGAUCCGCAUCGCCGUUAUCCCUGUUGGUGGUUCGAUCCCUCACCAGUGGCUGCGUGAAUACGUUUCGAUGCUAUCGCGCCACACGAGGAUCGAUCUCUCAUCCAUCAGUUCUUUCUACUCGGAGCACCAGAAGAGCCCCUUCACACACCAACCAUGGGAAAGCGGCAGCCUCCUCUUCAAGUACAUGGUUGGGGGUGCUCCUCCUAGCCCCUGGGAGGACUUCCAGGCCCAUCGCAAGAUCCUCGCCGUCAUUGGCCUCUGUCACUGCCCAGCUUCUCCGGACCUGGAUCUUGUCAUUGAUCAGUUUGCUUCCGUCUCUAAGGGUUACGGCUCCGCGCUCGCCAAGCGAUUGUUCGCAUUCUCACCUAGUGAUGAGCAGUUACGGGAGGGACGAGAAAAGGAAAACAGUAUUAUUUUGUUCCCUUCUGCUGAUCAACAAGCACAGGAACUUCAGAUGCUGACAAUGAUUCAAGAUGUUGCUGCUACAUUGCUGAUGGAGUUUGAAAAAUGGGUUCUUCGUGCAGAGUCUACUGGAACUAUCUUGAAGACACCUUUAGAUUCCCAAUCCAAUUUAAGUUCCGAGGAGGUGAUAAAAGCUAAAAAGAGGAGGCUUGCUCGAGCACAAAAAACUAUAGGAGAUUAUUGUUUGUUAGCUGGAUCACCUGUUGAUGCAAAUGCACAUUUUGUUACUGCAAUAGAACUGGCCAGGUUGACUGGAGAUAUUUUCUGGCAUGCUGGUGCUCUAGAAGGCAGUGUUUGUGCAUUGCUGGUUGGUCGGAUGGAUGAAAGGGAUUCUCUUUUAGAGGAGGAGGUGAAGUAUCGCUAUUACAGUGUCAUUCAACUUUAUAAGAGGUCAUAUUUACAAGAUAACGCACAGAGGGUUUCAACAGCGACGUUUGAGCUUGAAGCUCAAUUAAAGCUCGCCAGGUACCUCUGCAGGCGACAUCUUGUGAAGGAAGUAGUAGAACUUUUGAUGAAUGCUUCUGAUGGCGCAAAAUCCCUGAUUGAUCCCAGUGAUUGCCUGAUAUUGUAUGUUGAGAUAGCUAGGUUAUUUGGAGCUCUUGGUUAUCAGCGCAAGGCUGCAUUUUUCUCCAGGCAGGUUGCCCAGCUAUACUUGAAACAGGAUAAUGUCAGUGCUGCUAUCAGUGCUAUGCAAGUUUUGUCGAUGACAUCCAAGGCCUACCAUGUGGAAAGGAGGGGAACGAAUCGAAAGCAACAUGGAUCACCCCAUGAAAUUGAAUCUUGUACUGCUGAAAGUGGAAAAAAUUACCCUCAGUCCAUAAUUUCCUUGUUUGAAUCUCAAUGGAGCACUCUGCAAAUGGUUGUUUUGAGGGAGAUAUUAAUGUCCUCUGUUCGUGCUGGGGAUCCCCUUGCUGCAUGGAGUGCAGCAGCUCGUCUUCUAAGAUCUUUUUAUCCGCUCAUCACACCUGCCGGACAGAGUGGUCUUGCAAGCUCACUUGCAAAUUCUGCAGACAGACUUCGAUCUGGAACACGAUGUGCUGAUCCGGUUCUUCCUUUCAUAAGAUUGCAUUCCUUUCGAAUGCAUCCCUCUCAAAUGGAGAUAAUUAAGAGAAACCCAGCCAAAAAUGAUUGGUGGACUGAUUCAGCUCCUUCAGGACCAUUUAUUUACACACCUUUCAGCAAGGGCGGUACAACUGACAGUAAUAAGCUCGAGUUAAAUUGGAUCGUUGGGGAACCAGAUCAAGUUCUGGUGGAAUUGGCCAAUCCCUGUGCGUUUGAGUUAUCGGUGGAGAGCAUCUAUCUUUCAAUUCAUUCUGGGAACUUCGAUGCAUUUCCUGUCAGAGUAAAUCUUCCACCAAACACAGCCAAAGUUGUUUUGUUAUCAGGAAUUCCAACAAAGAUAGGCCCUGUUUCAAUUCCUGGAUGCAUCGUACACUGUUUCGGCGUCAUCACAGAACAUCUAUUCAGAGAUGUUGAUGACUUGCUUCUUGGAGCUGCACAAGGCCUCGUUCUUUCUGAUCCUUUCAGAUGUUGUGGUUCAGUCAAACUGAAAAAUGUUGUCGUCCCAAAUAUUACGGUGAUAUCGCCUUUGCCGCUACUAGUUUCUUAUGCUGUAGGGGGAGAUGGUGCAAUGAUUUUGUAUGAAGGUGAAAUUCGUGAUAUUCGGAUUCGUCUAACAAAUGCUGGAACAGUGCCAAUCGAACAAGCACAUAUAUCAUUAUCAGGGAGGAAUCAAAAUUCUGUGACCUCUAUUGCGCAUGAAAGUUUAAAUUCAGCGCUACCUUUGAAACCUGGUGCAGAGGUUAGCUUUAUAGUGACUAUAAAGGCAUGGAAGCUUAGUUUGGCAGAUUCUGGUCAUGAUCCUGGCAAGAACACUUCUGGUGCUACGAGGGGUGUGUCUACGGAAAGCAGCAAUCCUUUCUUAGUUAUCCACUAUGCUGGGCCAAUCUCACAUACGGAUGAAUUCUAUUCCAGUGAACCAUCUGUAUCUCCAGGAAGGCGCUUGGUUGUUCCAUUGCAUGUUGGUGUCGUACAGGGAUUGCGUUUCGUAAAGGCUCGCUUAUUUUCGAUGGAAAUUCCCGCACGUGUUAGCGUUGCCGUUCCGCAGCGUGUUUCCCUUAACGAAAGUGAUGCUGAAGAGAUUACUGCUCAUAGUAGAAUUGAUAGUUUGGUUAAGAUUGAUCCAUACAGAGGAAGUUGGGAGCUACGGCUUCUUGAACUCGAGUUAUCAAAUCCAACCGAUGUUGUGUUUGACGUUAAUGUUUCAGUCCAAUUCGACACUGCUGAAUUUGGGUGCCCAAAGACCAGAAUUGACCACAACUGCUCUGCGCGUGUGUUGGUACCGCUCGAGCACUUUAAGCUACCUGUUCUCGAUAAUUCCUUGUUCGCUAAAGGUCUAAAAAGCACUGCUUUUGUAAGCAAAUCUUCGAGUUUUGCGGAGCGGAAUACGAAGGCCGAGUUAGCCGCUUCAAUUUCCAACUUGGUUUCAAAAAUAAAAGUAAGAUGGCAAUCAGGGCGAAAUAGUUCGGGUGAGUUGAACAUUAAGGAUGCAGUCCAGGCAGCUUUGCAAACUUCAGUAAUGGAUAUAUUGCUUCCGGAUCCUUUAACUUUUGGAUUCAGGUUAACCAAUGGGAGAUCUAAAACAGAAAAUAUCGCUGAUGCUUCAAAAAGUGUGCAUAGCGAUGUGAUUCAAGCAUUGCACCAGAGUUCUAUAUCAGUACAUGAAAUGACUGACAUCGAAGUUCUGAUUCGCAACAACACGAGGGAGUUGAUCCAAAUGAGCCUUAGUAUCAAUUGCAGAGAUGUGGCUGGGGAUAAUUGCAUUGAGGGCGAUAAUGCGACCGUUCUAUGGGCUGGUAUCCUGAGUGGAAUCAGUUUGGAGAUCCCUCCCCUGGAGGAGUUGGUGCAUCCUUUUUCGCUGUAUUUUUUGGUGCCGGGAGAGUACACGCUGUUAGCUGCAGCUGUAAUAGACGAUGAGAACGAUGUGCUUCGUGCUCGAGCGAGAACUGAUUCAGCAGAUGAACCGAUCUUCUGCCGUGGCUCGCCUUUCAGAAUCAUUGUCACUGGAACUCUUUAAGCUGUGGUUUGCUACUCUCCUAUUUCAGUUUGGUAUUGUAAAUUAAUAUUGUGGCUCUCAAUUCCCUUAAUUAUUGCUUAUAUAUAUAUAUAUGGUGCAUUUAUAUACACUACAUAAUUUGAAUGUAUUUAUAUAUCUAGCACUUAAAGAUUCAUAUUUAUAUGUAAUAUGCAUAUAACUCGAAUGUCUAACAUUACAUUAAGGGAAAUUUACAUA